GGAAAGGUUCCGUUCCGAUAUCGAUAGUAGCCGCUGUGAUGUUACUUUUCUUGGUAGGCCUGGUUAUAUAUUUCAGAGUCAAGAAACAAAGACAGAAAGCAAGAAUGCAAGCCGACAGAGUGUCUAGAAAUACGGCUGUACUUGAAGGACAAUAUGUUAACGUCGAUACUAGUAAGCGUUCUGAUAUUAUCUUCGAUCCGAGGGAUUCAUUUAUUGAUCAUUCGAAUAGACAACAAAAUAUUCGCGCCCAAACAAGCACCCUCAACGGAAGUGACUACUCAUAUCCUUACUUCGAGGAAGAUAACACAAGCGCCCACGAUGAAUACGACUACGCGUGCUCAUACACCAAGGACUUCUGCAUGAAGAAUACGACAUUGUAUUCAACUGAAAGACAAGGUGGUGGACGUGGUGUAAAACAACUAAGUGACUGUAACCAGUUUGGCGAGAAGAGUCAUUAUGCAAUUCUCGACUGAACAUCAUUGCACAAAGACAUAGAAUUGUCAACAUUUUCCAAUCAAGAAAAAUUCUUUCUUUAUUUUUUUUUAGAUCUAUACUUCAUAAAAUAGACUUCAUCUAAUAAAGACAUAAGCGUCCAAAUUGAAGGAUAAAAUCAAAUUAUUUAGUGUGGGUAUCAGUUUAUAGAGCGUGCACAUAAUAAUAGCCUCGUUCACGUCGAACUUUUAUCUAGAUAUAUAUCCACUUAACUAGUUAAAAGUUCGACGUGAACCACUCAAUUAUAGCUAGAUAAAGGAAUUAAGUCACUUAAGUUAAGUGACUUAACUUUACUAGAAUAACGGUAAAUUAACUUGCUUAACGGUAAAGUCGGCUCGGAUUACAAGGUCACGAUUACGUAACAUAGGCUUCUAAGCCAGCGUUGUUGUAUUGUACCACCAUUAUCAUCUUCUGGCUGGCAACAACGUACUUUAACAAUGCUAACAACAGCAUCGGAAUAGUCUCAUUAGUCU